UUUCAACUUAUACAGAAGCUCACCUAUGGUGGAAUCCCUGUCGUAUCUAAACGAUCUCAAGUCACUGACUGAUGGAAAGUUGAAUGCUACCACCGAAUACGAAUACUAAACCAGUCUUUCUGAUACCACAUAUACCAUUCAGACUGGCCUCCUUCAACGUUCACGCACUAAUGCAGAUCGGACAACAAAUAGGGUUGGUCACAUCCUUAGAAGAUCUCGACAUCGAUAUCUGUUGUCUAUCUGAGACCCAUAUUCAAAACUCUAGUGAAGUGCUACAGAUUCGAUCUCGAUCUAUCGCUUCGAAAAGCAUGUUUCACCUGCGUUUAUCCGGGAACCCUAUGACAUCGUCUGGUUUCGUUAAUGUUGGUGUUGCACUAGGCACUAGAGCUUAGGCAGCACUAAUCAAUUGGAUCCCCAUUAGCUGUCGGUUAUGCGCUGUUAGAUUAGAAAUUUCCUUCAAAGUAAGGAGAAAUCAGCGUAAGAAACGAUGUCUUUUGGUCAUCUCCGCCUAUGCUCCGAUAGAUUGCAGCCCGGAUGCUAUCAAGGAUAUGUUUUUUCCACCAGUUAACAGUUCUUCUACAGAAGGUGCGUUCGACAGAUAUUGUAGUA